GACGCUGCAACUUGCCUUUCGACGCGAUGCCACCGCCGUCGGUCAAGGUCAUCGAGGAGGCCCGCGUCGCCGUCCCGGCCACCGCGGCGCUGCCGCCGGAGCCGCUCCAGCUUUCCGCGAUGGACGCGCAGUGGGUCACGCUCCCGCUCAUCCAGCGCCUGCUCAUCUUCGUCGACGGCGGCAGCGGCGCCGGUAAUAACAUCCCGCCGUUCGAGUCCGCCGUGGACGCCCUGCGCGCGUCGCUCGCGGAGACCGUCGCGCGGUUCCCCCCGCUGGCGGGGAAGAUCGUGCACCAGCCGGCCACGGGCGACGCCGCCAUCGACUGCACCGCGGGCGGCGUGGCCGGCGGGGUCAGGUUCCUCGUCGCAGAGGUGAGCGACGGUGGCGCCGACGCGGCACGCCUCGCCGGGAACGAGGACCACGACGCGGAGACGUUCGGUUUGCUCGUGCCGUCACUCGACGCCGGCCAGCUCCCGGCCGAGACGAUGGCCGCGCAGGUCACGCGGCUGCGUGGCGGGCUAGCGCUCGGGGUGGCGAAGCACCACGCCGUGGCCGACGGCCGGUCCGUGUGGAUGUUCCUCGAGGCGUGGGCGGCGGCGUGCCGCGGGGAAGGGAACGAGGAGGACGCCGCCCGGGCGCCGACGUUGGACCGUGCGGCGAUCAAGCUCCCCGGCGGCGAGGAGGAGGAGCUCGCGAGGGCCCUGCUGCGGAACUACGCGCCCGAUCUGCCGAAGGCUGCCGUUGAGGAGCAGUUCAUCCGCCCCAACCUCUCCCGCCGGACGUUCACCAUCGCCGCACAAGACAUGCGCCGCCUGAAGCAGCGCAUCGCCGAGCUAUCGCCGACGACGGCGCAGGCCGCCGCCCCGCCGUCCAGCUUCGUCGCCAUCGCGGCGCUCGCGUGGGUGUCCUUCGUCCGCGCCAAGCACCCGGCCGGCAUCGUCUCCCCCAACGACGAGGUCUACCUCUUCUUCUUCAUCGACUGCCGCGCGCGCCUCGACCCGCCGCCGGGGGACCAUUACUUCGGGACGUGCAUCUCCGGGCGCCUAGCGCGCGCCACCGCGCGGGACCUCCUCGCGGAGAACGGAGUGGGCGUCGCCGCUGCCUUGCUGGCGGAGGAGGUUCGGCGUGCCGCGGCGGACCCGCUGGCCGGCUUGGACUGGAGGAGCUUGGUGGAAGGAAUAAACAUGGACCGGCUGGUGAACCUGACCGGGUCGACGAGGUUCCCGGCGUACGAGGCGGCCGACUUCGGGUGGGGCCCGCCAGGAAGGACGGAGCUGGUCACCAUGAACCACGACGGGCAGGUCGUGCUCGUCGCCGCGAAGAGGCAGGGAGGCGAUGGUGCCGGCGGCGGUGUGCAGGCGUCCGUGUCGCUGCACCCGGCGCACAUGGACACGUACAAGUCGCACUUCCUAAGCUACUUGUGCUGAUUUUGUAUUCAUGUAUGGAUUUUUUAUCCAUGUGUGUGUAUUGUUCUACCACCGUAAGUUUCAAGCUAUUAUCA